GAUACCUCCUCAGCUUCCCUCUCUGUGAGACCAGGGACCCACCCCCUCAAGCCUCGAGACAUGGGGGAGAAGUGGGGCGCAGGAUCGAGGAAAGGGGACUGCCCUCUAUUUCCCCAGCAGCCCAGUGAAUGGCCCUCUCCUGGGUCCUCAGAGCCAAACUGAGAGAACCGGAAAGUCCAGUUCCCCAGCUUCCCCCUCCCAUCUCCCCACACACACCUGUGCUAAGGAUUGAGUGGCGAGUAGGAAGGCAGGCCAGUUAAGGAGAGGCCAGCAGGCCUUCAGACAUCUCUUCUGUCCAUCUGAGAAGCAAGAAGCGAUAGAGCCGCGAUGGGGGCUGGGCUGUCCCUCUUCAUCCUCCUGACCCUCCUCGCCAGCUCACAGGGAACAGGGUCAGAAAUGACUUUGCAACUGAAGAUGAAGGACUCUUUUCUGGCAAAUUCCUCCUAUGAUUCCAGCUUCCUGGGACUGCUUGAGAAGCUCUGCUCCCUCCUCCACCUCCCAUCAGGGACCAAUGUCACCCUGCAUCAUGCAGGAUCCCCACACCACGUCACCUGCAAAGUCUGAGAGCAGUCGAAGCCUGUGCCCUUCUUGGCUGGGGCAUCCCGUCCCCGGGGUGCAGGUGCAAUGCCUGACCCCGUCUUCCAGCAGGCCCUCACCCUGCUGAGUGGCAGUAAAUAUGCUGAGCUCAAUGACUUGACUUUGUGGGUUCAUGAGCAGAGGGGUCGGCAGGAAAAUGGAAUUGGACACUCAAGUCUCUGACUCUCCCUUGUUAAGCAGAGGGUUUCCAGGGUGGACGCUCUCUCUCCUAACACCAGUGUCAAAGGCCGGAAGGAAUGUGGGGAAUUAACUGCUUGGACACACACACACACACACGCCACACACA